CCCUGACGAGGCGGUGGGCGCUGGGCGGUACGAUUCCGUACUUGGGCAAGACCUCGCCAGCUUUGGUCUGCGCCGCUGCUCCUCCUCACCUCCUCUUUUUCCCAUCUCACCAUCUCGCCGGCGUCACGGUUCAGGGACUGCGUCCGUCGUUCUUUCUGUCACUCCUUCGUCCUCGCUAACGUUGGGAAUCGACUUCACUCUUUUUAGUCGAUUUCCGUUCCAUCCUUUGAUCGAUGCAAUCCCCUGAGCCGCGCGCGAGAUUCUCCGGGGCUCAUACAUAGUCGUGCGUUGCAUCCUUUCUGUGUUCGCCGUGCAGUUGCCGCGUAUCUCGCUCUGGACCGGGACUGACAAUGAGAUGCAGAUUCCGAGGUUCAGCGGUCCAUACACAAUCAUUUGGCAAUUGCAUACUGGGCAAAGCGACUUCCCUUCGAGCGGAACCCACACAUUCAUUUUCCACCAUGGACUCGUUUACCAAACUCAUCGCUCGGGGCAGCGACCAGACCAGCGACAACAGCUCCGUCGUCAACCUCUUGAUCGUCCUUCUCGUCCUCGUCUUCUUCGGUCUCCUGUCCUUCGCGCUCUUCGUCCUGCUGCGGCGGAUGCGCAGGAAGAAGCAAAUGAUGAAGGAGACCCUGCCGCAAUACCAGGAAGUCAAGCGGACAGGCAACCACCGCCGCCUCACCAUCCAGACGGGCAACGGCCACGGACGGUCCAGUGUGAUCGUCGUGAACGGUGGCGGCCAGCCCAUGCUCGCAAACCCCCACUCGCCCCCUCACUCCCCCGACAACGUUCCCGAGAUCCACAUCACCUUCCCCGACGAGCAGGACGAGCAUGGCCGGCGGAAGAGCGGUCGCGUCGUCGUCGUCAGAGUCGGCGAGACUACCAUCGGCCUCGAGCCCCUGCCCGAGGAGCAGCUCCCGGCCUACGAGAAGGAGAGCAGCACACAAUUUUACGCCAUCGACAUGGACAAGAUCGGCGGGUUAAAGGAGAAGGAGUUCCGCUAAGCCGCAUCGAGCCAAGCACUGGGAGAGAUCCCAGUGAUUCUUGCGGACAGUACGGCCUCCGUCCGGCAGACGAGCGAAUUGGCCAUCGUUACGAUCUUCAUGGGCGUGCGGAGUUGCAACGAACGGACAGGGAAACGAAAAGAGAUACCACCAUACACGCGCCGGCCACCAAUUUACUAUUUUCUAAUUCCGUGUGCACCUGGCGCCCCGCCCCGGCAUUCCAAGAUGAGGAGGGGAGGGCUUCUGAUUUUGGAAGCAAAACCGGGGAGCACAGAGGGACGGGCUUUUCCCGCGCGCGGGCCUUCCCCUGGUGCUGUAAAACCGGCCGCGCGGGUUCGAUCGCGGACGCUUCUGCGUGCGGGGUUGGGGCGACCAGGGCACAGCGAUAUAUACGACUGGGACGAGUUGACCGACAAUGUCGGGUGGGCUUGUGGCAUAUUUGUACCGACAUAUUCUCAUAUUGUAUAAUUAUUAUUCGAAGCCUUGCUGUCUGCUGGGCGCUGCCAUUCAUUCCUUGCUACAUCCAUGUUGGUGUACGGCCGAAGGUCCUGGAGUCUGUCCUUUCUUGUUGCCCACCGCCAGCGCGAACGCCUCGAAUCUGCUCAGCCGAAUGAUCAAGAGGCGGAAAACAUCUCGACGAUUCUUGCCCACGGACGAGAAUGGGCGCCGAGAGCUAACGAGACAGCGAGCUGAACGCCGGGAGAACCUGAGUUGAAGGCGUUAGGCCCGACCAAAUCAAGCCGGUCCAUCCUGGGUCCGGAGUUCGCUUCAGCGAGACACAGCAAAAACAUUAGCAGUACAUAGUUAAUGAGAAAUAAGCGCGCUUUGCCUCGGAGAUUACACUACCUGACAUAUGCCCGUAUCUUCCCCUGG